UUUGUAUCAAGAAAAUGCAAUGGCCGCCAUCUUCGACUCUUGUGAAUGUUUUGGUCGUAGUUUCGGAUUUUGAGGCCUUUUUCAUUUGUGCUAUGCAAAUUCAUAAUAGAAAUAGUUUCGCUUCAUCAAAGGAAUACUGAAUUCGAUACCGUACAGUCUGAUAAAAUAAAUUGGAGGCCGGGUGCUCUCCAUACCAUAAUCUCGGGUUUGACCCAAGAUGCUAUUCUCAGCAUGUCAGCGACAUCAGAUUACGAAUCAGCGGUCCGGCAAGAUUAUGGGCCGACCACCUCCAGUGAAAAUAUGUAUGAGCAUGUUUUGGAUCAUAAAUUAACAAGUACUAUGGAUAUAUCAAGCAUUCGAACACCUGUACUAAGGGCUGUUCCCAUUUCAUCUACUCAGGGUGAUCCAGAACCUGAUUCUACAAAUCCCGAAAGCAUAAUUCAAACUGUUCACAAAGUAGACAGUAAAGAUAUUGAGUAUAUUAAUGAAAAGAGAUGUGAAGCAGAGAUGUCCAUUGAUUCCCUUCCUAGAAUUGUUAGAAUUGAAGAAACUACAAUUGAAAAUGUAGGACAUAUAGCCUACCCCAUUAUACAAGAAACCGAUGAUUCUGGAGAUGGCAACUAUAUAGAAAACACAGCAGCUCUCAUUCAAACUCCAUUGAAUACUUCGAUUGUUCAGACUGUCGGCAAACUGCCACAAAACUUCACAAUAAAUGUUGAUGCUGCUGUAGGAAAUAUAUCACAUACACAACUUGCAGCCAUACAGAAUGUAUCACAAGAUGUAUCAGGCAAUCAAACAUUAUGGUUACCAACAAUUCUGGCAACUAGUGCAGCUCCAGAUGGUAAAAAUGAUGAUGACAGAACACAUUCAGGUGUAUCACAGAUCAUAAUCACUAGUGAAAGCUAUGUAACUGACCCAAUUCCAUCUAAUCGUCGUACAAACAUUAUUACAGAGGCCAGCUACAUUAGCAGACCUAAAACUUCUAAGGUUCAGAUAUUGAGCAAUAUAUCUUUACCAAAAAAUUCAAAUUACCCUCAACAGUAUAUAACUCAGAGUAAAGAGAUAUCUGCACCCGUAUAUGGAACUCAAAAUCAUGUAUACAAGUUGAGUGCAAAUGUUGUCUCACAAAAGCAAUUGAACAGUGCAAUGUUGAGCACAAAGCCACCUAAGAACCAGUCGCUGAUAGGUGCAGCAUCACUUUCACCCACAGUUAUAAAUAACAGUUCUAUGAAGAAUGUGCCAUAUGGUCAUACAUAUUCAAAAAGCACGAACCUAAAUAAGCUUAACAAUGGUGCUAACUUAAAUGCUAUAGUUGCUGCCUCAUCUGGUAGUACACAAUGUCAUAUUUUAUCAAGAGUAGUUUCCGGGCCAAAUAAGUUAUCGGUUCACUCUGGUAGGAAAUCCGUAAGUACAUUUAAAGGAUCGAAAAGUUCUCAAGUAAAUCAGAAGAAUCAAUCAAGAUCUAUUAAAAUAAUACAGCAGGCUGGUACUGCCCACAAAUCUGAGAGUAAACCUUGGCCCUUGGCUAGUGUAACAUAUAAAAGCCAAGCAUCAAGUUAUGGAAUAGUUGAGUCGAACACUUCAAAAGUGAUACAGAAAGUUGGAAGUCCCACUCACAAAAAUCAACAAACAAUGACUGUGCAGAAGAUUCCAAAAGGUGAACGCCUCGUUCUACAAUCACCUUGUGGACCGGUUUUAUUAUCUACUGGUCCCAUAAGCACCAGUUUAGCUAAAGGUCCACAUUAUGUCCAAUCAGGUGCUACUCCAAAUCUUAGAUAUGUUCAAACAUAUGGACCAGACAAUCAGCUCUCUACAGUGUCCCAAGUAUCUGCCAAUCAGCAAUUGACAGCACAGAUCCUAAAAUCUCUUUCACAGCCAAAACUUAUAUUGCAACAAUCUCAAACACCUAUACAUACUAUAAAUCAUAAGCCUCUUGCAGUGGUCACUAUUGAAGAGCCAGUAGAAGCUAAACCUAUAAACCAAAAGAGGAUAGUCUUCGGGGAUAAGUCUACCCUUUUGACAGCUGACGAUAUUGUUGGGAUGGAGGAAAGACCCAAUUUAUCUGAAGAGUUACGUCGUUACUCAUUCCAAGCUCUCGCAUUUAUCAUGCUUGAUCAUACAUAUGCCUUGCCUGUACAGAAACAGCCAAUUGUUAGUACUCCAAGCAGUACUGUGGCAUUGUUGUCUCCAAUUAUAACUUCAACGAUUACAACGACUACUCCAAUGAGCCCAUUAAAAAGUUCCCCAGCCCCAGUGACUAAUGUUUCUCAAGAGUUAUCACCAAAUAUACCUAUCAGUACCAGUAGUAUUGCUCCCAUACCAGUGACAUCUGUUCAACUAGGUGUUCUUACAUACAAACCUCAGCUGCCGCCAUUGCCUCCUCAAGAUGAGGAUACGGCAUCUGUCACAUCCUCAAUAGAAGGGGAAAGAAGACCUCCCAUGCCAGGUGGGAGUGACACUGAAACCGCCCCAGAAGGUGAAGAAGAGGGGAAAACUAGAUGUAUUUGUAAUUUUACACAUGACGACGGAUAUAUGAUAUGUUGCGACAGAUGCGGCGAAUGGCAACACGUUGACUGUAUGGGAAUAGACCGGAAUAACAUACCUGACACAUACAUGUGUGAAUUAUGCCAUCCUCGUCCAAUAGAUAGGCGUCAUGCUCGAGCUAUACAAAUGAGAAAAAGAGAAGAAUUAAGCGCUUUAGGAGCAUCUGAUUCAGAUUCAUCAGAAUGUGGACGAGCUCCAGGGCAGAGAAGAAAACGGUUAUUAACAGUUACAACAUAUACAAACACCAGUGGAUCAUGUGUAACUACAUAUAAUUCCAGUUUACCUGUCUUGCCUCCAGUACCCCAACCUUCUCUAACAUUACCAAAGAGAGGUCCUAAACGUCCCAAGAAAGCAGAGGUAGUUAGAAAAGGGACAAAGAGAAAACUUGCGGAAAAAAGAGUGAAACGGAAGAAGGAAAUGAUGCUGAAUAGAAGCAAAUACAACACAAAUAUGUCCACUCAGUCUCAUUGGCGAGAUCAAUACGAACUGGCUGUGACGAAUCACUAUAGCCCUGAACUACGCGCUAAAAUUAUGAAGUAUAGCAGUAAACUUGGUAGCACAGCCAAUAUGGCGGCUGCGGUAACUGCAAAUUUAUGUACUACAGUUCCUCACGCCGGCGGUAAAAUACUUAUAGCUACAAAAGAUCUGAAGGACAAUUCUCCCAUCAUCGAAUUGAGAGGGAAAUACAUGCUCUCAAUCCAACACAGGCCACAACUACAAAAUUCAGCACGUGCCGGUAGUCAAAAACCGGGUCCUUUUGUAUUUUUCUAUAGAUUACCGAAAGAUAACACACAAAUAUGUAUUGACACGAGGACAUACGGUAACGAAGCAAGAUUCGUGCGUCGUUCUUGUAAACCUAACGCUGAAUUGCAGCAUUGCAUCGUUAAAGGCGCAUUGCACGUUUAUAUUGUAACUAUAAGUGACAUUCAGUCGAAUACCGAAAUAACUGUUGGACAUGACACAAAUGGUAGCAAACAACCAUGCGCUUGUGGAAAUCCUAAGCACUGUAAAUUGAAUGGACUAAGUCCUUUGGCAACUCGAAAAAGUGUAGAUUAUACGCAAAGAGAAAAGAGAAGUAGGAAUAGAUGCUUUAGUGCAUCGUCACCCGUAUCGCCUCCUUUAAAUCUUCUUGUAACAACUCCCACAAAAGAUCUACCGUCACCAUUCGGUAUUAUUAAAUCUGACAAGAAAUCCCCUAUAAAACACGAGUAUCCUCCUAUGUCGCCAGUCAAAGAACCCUUACUUUCUCCAGACUUACCUCCACCUAUAAAGUAUGAACCAUUAUUUAUGAAGCAAGAAAAAGAAGAAGAGAUAGACUUGACAGCAAAAGAAGAAAUGAAACCAGAACUUGAUGAACCCGAUUUUGUUAAAAUAGAACCCAAAGUUGAAGAAAAUAUGGAAGAACCAGAAGAUGAUGAUGACGAUGACGACGAUGACGAUGACGACGAUGACGACGAUGACGAUGAAGACGAUGAUGAUGAUGAAGACGAAGAUGAAAAUGAAAUGGAGGUUGAACCGGAGCGGGAAUCUAUUUUAGAGUUAAAAUUAGACGAACAUUUAAUUAAAGAGCAGGAACCUAUUUUACCUCCGCCGGUUGUUGUAGAAAAAAUUGUGGAACCAAUAAAAGAAAUACUAGAGGAGAAACCUUUUACAGCUGAACCAAAAACGGUUCCCAAAAUAGAACCCAAGAUAGAAACGAAAUUGGAGCCUAAAGUAGAAUCAAAAGUCGAACCUAAAAUAGAACCUAAAGUAGAACCUAAAAUUGAACCUAAAAAAGAACUUAAAAUAGAACCUAAAAUAGAACCUAAAAUAGAACCUAAAGUAGAACCUAAAGUAGAACCUAAGGUUGAACCUAAAGUGGAACUUAAAAUGGAACCUAAAGUAGAACAUGAGAGACCUGUCACUCGGGAGCUAACUGCCAAAUCUGCGUGUCAUGAUAGAUCAUCGAGAUCAAGUCGUACUACUUGCGUCAAUCAAGACUCUAUGGACGACAAAACUGACGACUCUCAAGACAAAAUCACCGCUGCUAAUAAGGAGAAAGAAAAACGGAAAAUGACUCGAGAAGAGCGUAAAAUGGAAGCUAUAAUGAAGGCUUUUGAAAGGAUGGAAAAAGCUCAGCAGAGGAAACAGGAGGUCAAAGAAAGGCAAAAGAGGAGGGAGUCUGAUCCUCAUCCCAGCAACAUUGAUAAAGAUGAUGAUGAUGAUAUACAUUGUAGUUCUAGGAAGAGGAGGAAACGUAAAGGUCGCGCACGCACAGCAUCCCAAUCAAACAGACGUCGUCUCAAUUCGGCUGACAGUGACAUGGUAACGUCUGGAGAUGAGGCCGGACCAAUGUCUCCGCGAGCCCCGCUUCAAUCUGAACAUAUCAUGCCCACACCAGAACUAGAAACUCCACAUGAACCAGUGACUGAGGAUCUGGGCUUAAGUUCGGCAUGCCUACUCGUCGAAGCUGCGGUCGGGUCGGUCGAAUCGGCGUUCAAACUACCCAAAACGAAGAAAACCAUGGCAACAGAAUGGAUUGGACGAUCGCCCGAACGAACCCCUUCACCAUACCAAUCUCCGUACAGAACUGCAUUAGUAUCUGCACCAUCAUUAGAAAGUUUAGUCAGAGUUGCCUCCACAAUGAUUGGAGAUCUCAGUGGGACACCGGAUUACCAUGAUGAAGAGCCAUCAUCACCUCCAAGGACCCCUGGAAGGGAGAGAAAUAAACCUCCUAAGAAGGCUAAAAGGAUUACAAGAAGCACCCCUCCAGUGGAAGUUCCUGAAGUGAUUCCAGUACAGCAUAGUGCUAAGAAACGUUGGUUGAGACAAGCCAUUAGUGAGGAAAGCGAUUCACCGAUAAUAGAUGCAUUGGUUUCAGAAUCCCCGCCGAACGAAAUUGUAACACCAUUAAAGAAGAGACGUAUGGCCAGGGAAUCAUUGUCUUGUGAGCAGAAUACUAUUGUGACUUGUAACGACGAGACGUCUCCCGUAUUAACAUCUGAGGAUUCUCCAGUAAAAGAAGACUCGUUAUCUUUAGCACGUCAAUAUAAACGGAAUAUAAUGGAAAUUUACAGUCGGGACCGGACAAGGUCUGAUAGUGGACAAGGCUCUGAUGAUCAGUGUAACAUUGAUCAUGACGUAUUAAAUGUUAAUCUAAGAGGUCCACAUAAUUCGGAACAUAUAAGAAGGAUUAUUGGAGUACCACCAACACCAGAACAGGACGUGCCCCCUGACAUAACUAAACCAGAAGAUAUUGUCAUGAAUAACAACAAUUUGGAACUUGAUGAGGGAGCCUACAACAAUAAAGUUGUGCCAAUGGAGAUUGACACAACAGUAGUAACACAAACAAAAUUAGAAUCAAAUGAAAACAUCCCAGAAAUCAAGGAUCUAAAAGGCAUAGAGAGCCCGAAUGAUAAAGUACAUAGCUCCCAAUCAGCUGAUACGUCCGGCAACUCGUCUCCGCAGCGUGACGAGAUGGAUGAUAUCCAGAAGAAAAUACAUUCAUUUCACACAGAAAACAUACAAAUACUGAAGAGUAGAAACAAGAAACCUCCAAAAGAAAAGCGGAAGAAGGUUAAUCUAAACUUUGACCUUAACAUGGUGGACGAUCAGAUCAGUAUACAAUUACGCACCGAAGAUGACACAGGAUCAAAAUCGCCAGAAAUUAAUGGUGAUAUUCAUGAAGAAGCUAAUUCUCACGAGGAUGUAAAGUUGCUUGUUUCGCCCGAAAACAUACCUUUACCGCCCGUUGAUUCGAUACCGCUACCAGAGCCUGAGAACAUACCACUGCCUGAAGAAACCACGCCGAUAGUCAUACCAUCCCCCGAAACAAUACCUCUACCCGAAGAGCCAAUGGAGCCUUCGAGAACGGUGAUUGUUCAACCACUGGUUGAAAAAGUUGAAGAAAAAUGUAGUGAUAAACAGUUAAAUGACAGACCGUCAGUGUUAGACAACACACUGCCGUUUUCGGCUCGUUUCAGCUCGACUGGUUUAUUUUCUGGGAUAUUCAGUAAUAUGUCUCAUUCAUUCAAAGUGGACAACUCAAUAAAUGAAAACAUACCAAAUAUGUCGUUAAUAAAAAGUGCAAUAGAUAGGACUACAAGUUUAGACGCUAGUUUGUUCGAUAAAGGUAGUGUUAGCCCAGUGGACGAGUUGAAGAGUGUACAGGAGAUUUUAACUCGCGUGAACAAUAUGGACUCUAAUAACAGUGUGUUGUUGUCUGGAGUUUUGCGCGGGGCCAGCGUGGCGGCGGCUGGCGCCGCCGGAGCCGCCAGGCCCUUCGCCAGGAACAACGACCCGCGCCUCAACCCGCCUCCUCAGGACAAGCCUAAACCUGUUCGGAGAAAGCUGUCCAUCAGCGAGUACCGCAAGCGGCACCUGGGCGCGCCGGCGGAGGAGGGCGCGGGCGGCGGCGAGGCGGAGGGGGGCGAGUGGUCGCGGGGCUCCUCGGGCUCGGCCUCGCUGUCCCCGCAGCGGCUGGACGCGGCGGCGGCGGCGGCGGCCGACGAGCUCGAGCAGCGCCUGCACCGGGACCUCAACGUGCAACUGCCCAAAGGCGUAUUCGACGCGCAGCCAACUGCGUCGGAGCGGCAACGCGAAAACCUGAGCUCUCGGCUACGGCGAGAGUUUGGACUCGCGCUCCCCGAAGACGAGGAUGCGCGCCUCGCGGAUACCGAAGCGGUUGCGAAGCGCUGCGACAGGUAGAGGCGCGCCGAGGCUCAGAAGUAUUUUUGUAAAUCUCACGCGGUGCGGGUCGGCGCGCUUGUAAUAUAAACUUUUAUAGACGAUUCGGUUUUAUUGGUGCUGGUUCGGUUGUACACUAACCCUAAACACAAUGGACGCCUCUAAUAGUUUUGCUGUCCCUUUCACAAUGUUCUUUAUUUGAAAAGGAUAGCGCUACUCUUAAAGUCCUUAAAUAUAUUUAAAGUCGAUCGAAUUGGCAACCGUUAUAUUGUAUAUUUUCAGUUUCGUGUCUUAUGGUUUUU